CUUAAUUUCAUCUAAUUCGUUAGGCUUCUAAGCUUGUAACACUGAAAUUUCAGUCCAACUCUUUUGUUUCAGAUUCGAAAUCGAAAGGUAAAGAAGUAAAUAUCAGGCUUGACAAUGGAGAUUGAGACUCACGACUCAGUGGUACCCGGGAAGAAUCUGGUUAAAGUCUCGUUCAAACUUGGAACAGAGAGCUACACGGUUGAUGCAGUCCAAGGUGACACUGUUUUAGACCAAUUGGUUUCGAUGAAAGAGGAAAGUAUGAAGAUACUCAAGGAGUUUAUUACAAAGCAUAAUGUUCCUGAUCAUGUCCCUGAUGAAAGCUUGUCUGACGAAGGAGAUGAGGAUGAUGCUGUCAAAUGUCCUGUGAAGCCCAAGAAGACAAAGAUUUGAGAUGGACUUCCCUUUUAAAAAACCUUGUUUCAUUACUCAAACUGCUAUCUUUUUUUUUCUCUCUAUGGAUUGCAUAUGUUAGCUGUCUGUUUUGUUUAUCUGAGAAGAAUAUGAAAACUGUUAGGUUAAGCAUUAAUCUUGAUGCACUCCAUAGGACAGGUGUUACUUGAUUUUUACUGGAUGUUGGUGAUUGCAUUGCUUGUGAAGAGCAUAUCCAUUGAAUGCUCAUCGAGUUUUCGACUA